AUGGAUCUGAUUAAGGGACUUCAGCUGCAAAUUACUGGACACACUGUGCUGCCGUCGGCACAAUCCGCUCCAGUCUGUGCUCUCUCCACUUCUCCAUCACAGCGUGCUGCAUUAGGCUGUGUGAACAACUUCACGCACAAGGUGAACAUUUCUGACUCUGUACCCCCUGUCAGAUGCAAAUUGCGUCGCUUACCUUUCUCCGUGAGAGAUGCUGUUUCCGCAGAACUGGAACGUCUCUUACAGGCUGGUGUGAUCGAACGGAUUGAUUCUUCUCCAUGGGUUUCUCCGAUUGUUGUGGUCCAAAAGAAAACGGGGGGGAUCCGCAUGUGUGUGGACUUGCGAGGGCCCAACAAGGCAGUUAUAGUAGACAGCUACCCAUUGCCACACAUGGAGGAGAUGAUGACAUUACUGCAAGGUGCGACUGUGUUUUCAACUAUAGACUUGGAAAGUGCAUACCAUCAGGUACCUCUUCAUGAAGAUUGCCGGGACCUCACUGCUUUUCUUACACACGAGGGCCUCUUCAGAUUCUGCAGGGUACCUUAUGGCUUGGCGUCUGCUCCAGCUGCAUUCCAAAAGAUGAUGGUCAUCAUUCUAAAAGGAAUCCAGAACGUUGCAAAUUAUCUGGAUGACAUCAUCGUGUGGGGACGCUCACUGCAAGAACAUGAUCAAGCGCUAGAGAAGGUGAUGCAACGUCUCAAAGAUGCUGGGUUGGUGUUGAAUGAGUCAAAAUGUCAAUUCAGAAAACAGAGCUUGAAGUUUCUAGGCCACAUGGUGACGUCGCAGGGUAUUCAGUUGGAUCAGGAACAUCUAUCUGCAAUAAUCGAUGCACCUGCACCAACGGAUGCUGUUCAGUUGCGUUCUUUGCUGGGUCUUCUCUCCUGGUACAACAAAUUCAUUCCUAAUUUCGCUUCCGUGGUGAUGCCUCUGCGUGAGUGCUUGAGAGAUGAGAGUGGAUUUCGCUGGUCUGAUGAUGCUCAACAAAGCUUGGAUGAUGUGAAGAAGCUGCUGGUUCACAGUCCUGCGCUUAUACUGUUUGACCCGGAGAUGCCGGUGGUCAUUUCUACUGACGCGUCUGCAUAUGGACUAGGUGCUGUCUUCGCUCAAAUUGGCACUGAUGGUCAAGAACAUACUGUCGCUUUCGCAUCCAGAACACUGUCCUCAGCUGAACAGAAAUACUCCACUGUUGAAAAGGAGGCUCUGGCGUGUGUCUGGGCGGUGGAAAAAUGGAGAACGUACUUGUGGGGUCGCAGAUUUACGUUGCGGACUGACCAUCAAGCGUUAACGACACUGCUGACCACAAAAGGGACUGAUAGAGCUGGUAUGCGUAUUGCUCGGUGGGCUGCUCGGUUGCUCUGUUUCGACUACAUAGUUGAGUAUCGUGCUGGAUCUGAGAACUACACUGCAGAUUGUUUAUCCCGCUUGCCCUUGCCUCUUCCUUUGGAUGCUGAGUCGGAUACAGAACCCGAGUUUGUUGCUUUACUGUCUUCUGGGCCGAUUGCCAUAUCCCAGGAAGAAUUUGCUACUGCCUCUGCUCACUGUUCUGAACUCUCUGCGUUGCGCGCACAAAUUGCGAGUAAAUGGCCUUCAUCUUCCGCUGCUGUGGAUCCUGUGAUUCGUCCAUACUACAAGCUCCGACAUGAGUUCAGUGUGCAAGCUGAGUUUGUGUUUAGAGGAUCUAGACUGGUUGUGCCUGGAAAAUUGCGUGAGUCAUUGUUCCGUAUUGCACAUGAGGGUCAUCAGGGAAUUGUGAGAACGAAGCAACGCCUGCGUGAGAUGUAUUGGUGGCCAAACAUGGACACAUUUGUGACAGAGAAAAUUGCUGCCUGUCAUUUAUGUCUUUCUCUGGACAAAACUGCAAAAGCCUCUGCUGUUCCACUCCAGCCUGUUCCUUUACCUUCUGCACCGUGGGAAAAACUGGCGAUAGACAUUGUGGGCCCGUUCGAGACUGCUGUCUGGGACUGUCGAUAUGCUCUGACACUCACUGACUAUUAUAGUAAGUGGCCUGAGGUAGCCUUUACUGCAUCUGUUGCAACAAAACAGUUGACUGCAUUUCUUACCUCUGUCUUCAGCAGACUGAAUGGGCCUCAGUUCACUUCCCCUGAGUUUGCUGCAUUCCUGAAAGAGAGAGAUAUUAAGCAAAUUCGUACUUGGUACGAUGGUGCUAUUGAACGCUUUCACAGAGUUCUCAAGAGUACAAUCCAAUCAGCAAUCCUACAAUCAGCACCAUGGAAAUCAACAGUGACUGACUUCCUGCAGAUUUACCGCGCUACACCUCAUGCUGUAACAGAUGUUUCCCCAUUCGAAUUGCUUCAUGGAAUGAAAAUGCGUACCCGUCUCAAUGUCCUGAAACCUUCACCUUCUGGUCAUGAGCCGACACCACUGCAGAAGCGUGUUUCCUCACGUCAGGAUGACAUUUUGACCACGCUUUGA